AAAGGGAAUUCCACGGCAUGGCAUAGUGGUGGUUGUUGUGUUGUUGGACACUUCCUGCUUCUUCGUCUAGUAAAGUGACAGAUCCGCAGCGCACUGCAUUGUGGGGAAACAAAUAAGAGCGCCGAAAGGCUACCUGACAGCACAAAGAAAACGCAACAGCCAAAGUGACUUUUAAUAUGAUAAAGUGAUGAGAUGUAAGUGCGUGGCCAUCCUUGUCAGAGCUCCGAGUGUGCCUGGCUAAGUAUGCUCGCCAGGACACGACGCUGCCUCGCCGAAUAGCUUUGGCUCAGCGCAACUGUUUGCAGGCCCAGCAACUGGUAGCGACCUCGGUCUAAGAAGCUGCCGUCGACUCCCCUGAGACACUGCACGUCAACACACCUGUGGACGUACACCUCCGACUAUCAGAUUUGGCCCACCUUCACCGGAGCCCAGUCUGAAAUCAACUUUUUUUUUUACUCAUCUUCCCCCAGCCUCUCCCUUUUUCCAAUGUUACAGAACGCAGGCACAACUUAGCCACAUGGUCAGAGCCUGACUCUAUCAUGGGAGUCAAAACCUUCACCCAUAACUCGACCUCCCACAGCCAGGAGAUGCUUGAGAAGCUCAACGCUUUGCGCAACCAAGGUCACUUGUGUGAUGUUACCAUCAGGGUACAAGACAAACAUUUCCUGGCUCAUAAAGUGGUCUUGGCUUGCUGCAGUGAAUUUUUCCGUUCGAAACUAGUUGGUCGGCCAGAGGAUGAGGACAAGUUUGUGUUGGACCUUCACCAUGUGACAGUGAGUGGCUUUGCUCCUCUGCUGGAAUAUGCCUACACGUCCACGCUCUCCAUUAGCACCGAGAAUAUUAUUGAUGUCCUUGCAGCUGCAAGUUAUAUGCAAAUGUUCGCUGUGGCAAGUACAUGUUCAGAGUUCAUGAAGUCCAGUAUUCUGUGGAACCCAAGUAACAAUAGUAAUGACACAAUGGCAGCAGACAAACCCUGUGAAUCAGCACCAGAGAGUGCUUCAUCAAACUGUGUCCUUACGCCGCUUGACGGCAGCGUGUCACCUGUGUCGUCUGACUGUAGCAUAAUGGAGAGAAAUGUUCCUGUUUGCCGCGAAUCACGCCGGAAACGGAAAAGCUUUGUAACCAUGGCGUCGCCUGAGAGUCCUCUCAAAUGCGCCACACAGAUGAUCACGACCUCCCCCCAGGUCCCGAAUCCUUCCCCGUCCUUCUCAGACAACACAGCCCAGCCUGUGGAGUCCUCCCUGGCCUUCCCAUGGACGUUCCCAUUUGGUAUUGACAGGAGAUUCCACUCAGACAAAUCAAAGCUCCAAGAAAGCCCACGUUGCCAAGAGCAGACAGCCGCAGUUACUUCUGAAGUGGUGGUUGGUCGUCGACUCAGUGACUUUCUAACGUGUGAAAGUUCCAAGGCGGUGUCGCCACCUGUGCAAGCAGAGGAAGAUGACGUGAGGGUAAAAGUGGAGCGCCUAAGUGACGAGGAGGUCCAAGAUGCAUCCUCACACCCUGUCAACGCCCCACAAAGCUCGCUGAAUGAUCAACAGACGGUGCCAGGAAGUGACCAGGUUCAGGAAGACCUCCUCAUCAGCCCACAGUCAUCCUCCAUAGGAUCCCUGGAUGAAGGAGUGUCGGAGGGCUUGCCAUCUCUGCAGGGUACAUCUAAUGCUGGAGGACAUGCAGAGGAUGAUGAAAGGCUAGAAGGCAUUCAGUAUCCAUAUCACCUUUAUAUCAGCCCAUCAGCCCGGCCUGGCACUAAUGGCCCUGACAGGCCCUUCCAGUGUCCAACCUGUGGAGUUCGAUUCACACGCAUUCAAAACCUGAAGCAGCACAUGCUUAUACACUCCGGCAUUAAGCCUUUCCAGUGUGACCGCUGUGGAAAAAAGUUCACACGAGCCUACUCCCUAAAGAUGCAUCGGCUGAAGCACGAAGGUAAACGCUGUUUCCGGUGCCAGAUUUGUAGUGCCACAUUCACGUCCUUCGGUGAAUAUAAGCACCACAUGAGAGUCUCCCGACACAUAAUCCGCAAGCCACGGAUUUAUGAGUGCAAAACGUGCGGCGCCAUGUUCACCAACUCUGGCAAUUUAAUUGUACACCUGAGGAGUCUGAACCAUGAGGCAUCCGAACUAGCAAACUACUUCCAGAGCAGUGAUUUCCUCGUGCCCGACUACCUGAGCCAGGUGCAGGAGGAGGAGGAGGCUCUGGGAGUCCAGUAUGAUCUGGAAGAAUCCCAACAUCACCCUGUCUAUGCAGGUGGAAGCUCUACUGUCAUUGCCACCUCGUCCUCCUCCUCAGUCCAGCUACCUGUCAUAUCCCAGGUCUCCUCUUCUACCCAGAAUUGUGAGAGCUCAACUGGCCUCCUUUCACCUGAUUCCCUCGAUCCCCUUGAAAACCACUCCUUCAAGAUGGAUACCGGCCAUACUGUAGCCCUGGCAGAGGACACAAAGACUAACAACGGCGAAGAAGGGAGUUCACCAGAGGUGUUGGAACAACAGCACCAUCGGCGGCAUAACGCCGAGCCCGUUGAGUUGGCCUCUAUCACCAUCGAAUGAUUCAGUUUAUUUGAUGACACCAAAAAGAAAUGUAUUUGUACAUCAAUGACUGCAUCAAGACAAGUUGUCCCCAAACUUGAGUUGGCCUGGUGAGGUUUUCCACUUUUAACAAGGUAAAGCAUUACUUUGUAUUUUUUUCCUGAACAAGUUGAAAAAUUAUUUCAAUUUUUCCCAUUUGAUGUGAGUACUUUUCUGCUGGAGGUAUGUGAAAUUCAAGCCUUGUCCUUUUGGAAAGGGCUUGAGAGUAACUGGUAACUUGUGAUUGACGAGCACUUGAAUUAACCACCAAUAACAAAUCAAGUCCCAUCAAACUGGGUUUCAAAACACAAAAUGUCCUUUACGGUGAUAAUGCCAAUUUAUUGGUUACAGUGUUAUUCUUUCACGGCUGUCACUGUAGGCAUACAAAUCAAUGUCAUUGAUGUCUAUGUUGCAAGAUUCUGAUGUAGUUUGCUGUCUGAAUGCAGUUUAUGUUGGUUAAUGGAACAAUAUGUGUAUAAGUAUUUAUCCAAUACAACACUUACAGUACAUUUCGUUUAUAUUCACUGUUUUUGAGCAAAAUACUACUGUCAAAUGUCCAAAUUAUUAUGGUCACUGACAAGUAUUUAACUCUCAAUCAUACAGUUGUGGUCAGAAGUUGUGGAUUGCUUCAAAAAUUGUUUAGAAAAACUGAAACUUUUUGGCAUGAACAAGAAAACAGAUGCUGAACCAGCAAGCCCUCUCUUAGGUCAACGAUCAGUGACUUCUGACCUAAUCCCGAAUAAAUACCUCUCGGAUUUAAAGUGAAGUGAAUCAUAUUUAAAUAGCACUUUUCUCUAGUGCAGGGGUCGGCAACCUUUGCCACCCAAAGAGCCAUUUUGACCCGUUUCACAAAAUAAAGAAGACAAAGGGAGCCGCAACCAUUCUCGCGAAU